GGCUGAGCCUAAAGCCUCGGCUUUCCGGCUGAGACGGAUCGAAGCUGUUCGAGUCGCUGGCUACUUCAACUUGGCGUUGCAUAAAAAGUGGUUCAGUGGAGCAAACGGCUUCAGACUGAAAGCAUCGCGUGCGCGGCUAAAAGUAUCUCAAAGAUAUUUACACUUUAAGUUAAACGGCGCGGAAGUGAGGUCUACGACGUAUACGUAAUAUUUGGAUACAUAUAUAUUUAUAGGCGGUUGCACACUGUUAUAAAUUAAUCGAAGAUGUCUCGUUAUCGCUUGUUGACACAGCUGCCCAGGCUCGUGCUGCUGCUGGUCGCACUGCAGCCAAUCCAAGCUGAGCCGGCAGGCUACCACUACGAUCGCCCUGGCACGGCUCCAUCGGCGCCCAGCGGGCCCGACACGUCCAUCUAUACGGGCCAUCAUUUUGCGCCGCUGCCCACGGUGCAGCCGCUGCCGCCGGUGCCGGCGCUGCCGCCGCUGCCCACAGCGCAUGUGCCCAUUCCCAGGAGUCGGCCGCAGCCCACCGGCAGCAUUCUAAGCCGUUAUCUGCCGGCGCAGCCAGCUGCUCCGAUUGUGAGCAGCUACUCGUCACCGUCCUUUGGCUCGCCGCAGUCCUCCAUCAGCUACCAUGGUCAGGCGGGGCAUUUUGGACAGCAGUCGGCGCCGCAAUUGCUGCAGCAGCCCAUCCAUGUGCCCAGUGCUCCGGCUGCUGCACAGCCGCUGCGCAUUCCGUAUGGCAAGCAGGCGCUCUUCGCGCCGGGCGAGUCGUAUGUGGCCAAUGGACGCCAGCUGAAGCAGUACGCGGUCAUCGAGAUUAUCGACAACGACAUCAACGACAAUCCGGCGCCGUUCCUCAGCUCCGGCUUCUUCGAUCGCUAUCGGGCGCAUUUGGGUGCCACCGGCACCGGCGCCACGGGCAGCGGCCUCCAGCUGGACUCGCGCGCCAAUGCCUUGAUCCUGGAGCAGCAGGCGCUGAGCCUGCAGCCGCGUUCGCAGAACCAGAAUCAGGGUCAGACCGAUGCCAUUGCCUUGGGCUCCGGUGGCCUGGGCUAUAUUCGUCUGCCCAAUGGCAAUGUGUAUCUGGGCUCCGGCUCUCUGGGCUAUAUCAGUGGCCAGCAGCGUGUCGCCUCCGUUCUGGAUGCACGCACCCGGUCCGAGUCCACCUCGGAUGCGCUGCACUUCGGUCACGGACCGUUGGGUGGUGCGGAUAACUUUUUGAGAUUUAAAUGAGAAUUUAUAAAUUGUUUAUUGUAUAUAUUUAAAUAAAACAAAACAAUUUUAUUGUGUAGUUUUUAAGCUUCUUUAAAUAUCACUUUACACAUAAUUGCAAGCAUUUUGUAUGUUAUCCUAUGCGCACCGCUGAA